GCCAUCGAGAUUUACGUGCACAUGGCCACACUGUGAUCUAUCGUGAUACAAACGACACGUACACGCGCACCAUGAUUCACCUUUCUUCCCAACUUGAAUCGGCAGCGAGGCAUGUCGACGGGCGAUGCCGGAUUGGGUUUCUGUAUGUCGACGCCGCCGAUGCGAGGAAUAAGUCAACUCGCAGCGUAGAGACGGAGGAAAAUAGACCCCAAAACAAAUCGCACAACAAGCAAGGAGCAAAAGGUUUUCCAGCGGCGACGCCCUUUACAUAUAUCUCCCUCCCCAACCCCAACUAACCCACCGCCGCAUCAUCAUCGCCACCAUGUCCGAUCUCCGCGCCCCGGAGCACCAGGUCGCCGGCCACCGCGCGGCGCCCAACAAGCUGGGGCCGCUCGUCGACGGCGCCGGCCUCUUCUACAAGCCGCUGCAGGCCCUCGACCGCGGGGAGCAGGAGCUGGCCUUCUACACGGCCUUCUCCACCCACCGCGACGUGCCGCCCCGCAUCCGGGACACCUUCUUCCCGCGCUUCCACGGCACCCGCCUCCUCCCCACCGCCGCCUCCCCCGGCGACUCCCACCCGCACCUCGUCCUCGACGACCUCCUCGACGGCCUCCCCGCGCCCUCCGUCACCGACAUCAAGAUCGGCGCCUGCACCUGGCCCCCGCGCGCGCCGGAGCCCUACGUCACCAAGUGCCUCGCCAAGGACCGCGGCUCCACCAGCGUCCUCCUCGGCUUCCGCGUCUCGGGGGUCAUGGUCUCCGACGCCGCCGGCGCCGUCUGGCGCCCCGACAGGUCCGAGCUCAAGGGCACGGACAUCCCCGGCGUGCGCCGCAUGCUCCGCCGCUACGUCUCGUCGGCCGGUGGCGGCGGGGACGAGGACUGCGCGCUCGCCGCCGCCGUGUACGGGGGCGACGGCGGGGUCCUGGCGCAGCUGCGCGAGCUCAAGGCGUGGUUCGAGGUGCAGACGCUCUUCCACUUCUACUCGGCGUCCGUCCUGCUCAGCUACGACGCCAAUGCGGUGACCGCGCCCGGCGGCGGGGGCGCGCCGAGGGUCAAGCUGGUGGACUUCGCGCAUGUGGUGGAGAGCGAGGGGGUCAUCGACCACAACUUCCUGGGCGGCCUCUGCUCCCUCAUCAAGUUCAUAGACGACAUUGUCUCUGACAAGGCGCCUCCGGUUCAGUCUUGAGCAGAUCCUGGAGUACUUUGGGAGCUGAUGCAGUACAAAAGGUAAUAUAUCGAGUCACUAGUUGGAUUCUUCCAUGUUCCUUCAGCUUGCAGAGGCGCGGAAAUGCACGGCUUUGGGAGAUGAUCGCUUAGGCUAUGUUCAACCAUUUUGGAUGGGGUUCAGUAAUAAGAUUGUAGAAACAUGAGUCUCUUCUGUAUCGUAUUUGUUUCCGGUUGUGCGAGCCCUUGUGAUUUUUUGGCCCCUGUUUGAUUACAUUCAAUGUUGAAAAUGUUGCGGUAAUAUAACGACUGUAUUUAGACGCC